AUGAGUGGUAUACUUAUGGAAGUUGAAUUGCCAUCAGAAAUAUUCAAAUGUCAAUUCUUAGGAGCUAAACACUUGUAAUUUUUAAGAUCCGUUCCUGCUGAAUCCAUUAAAAGUAUAAAUCAUCAUCUAAUUAAAUAGCCAUUUUCAUAGGAUAAAAGCAAAUCUCCAUACAAAAUAAAAUUUAGAAGUAAUCAGAGUACCUCCCUUAACUGCUGA